AAAUACGCGAACAACUUCAAUUUGAAUAAGAAAGCAGACAAAAGAAUAAUAUUGGUAAAGUACUGUGCAAGUUGUAUUAAAGUAAAAAAAAGCCUCGCAUACUUUCCAAUUAAUAUGAAUGUUAUCAUAUCUUUCUUGUAUUUCUAAGAUUUUAUACAAGCUUCAAAAUGAAUCCCCAGCCGAAUUCAAAUUUGGAGCAGUCCUUGGUGACGGAGGCGGGCCAUAUACAAGCCCAAUAUUCAGCUUUUCAAAACUUUGAGCAAUACACCGCUGCCGGAUAUACAAAUGCACCGUUAUAUAUUUCAAAGCCAACUGGCAUGGGGACUCUGACCCGUAUUAAUCCCCAUUGCUCUACAAUUGGAUCUCAAAGUAAAAUAGAAGCAGCUUCGCAAGAAGUGACCAUUCCCGGUAUGGAACCCCAUACCUUAGUACCGACGGUUAGGUAUAUACAAGCACCACAGUUUGAUGAAGGAGCUGAUUUUGGUUUACCUGGCCUACCGCCAUGUGGGCUAGAGCCUCAUUAUACAGACGAACCAGCUAUACCAUACGGUUAUACUGCAGAUUCCAAUUAUGGAUUGCCGGGCGUGAGUGCAAAUAUGAAGCAAUUCGCCUCACGUCCCUUCGACAAUAACCUAAAUGGAUCUGAAUCAGCUAUUGAUUCCCAAUGCAGAUCUUUUGAAGGUCAAGGCGAUUUCAAAUUAGUACCAUUUGCGACGAGCUCCCUAAACACUGUGCCGCCCAGAGUCGGCGACAAGGAGGACUUCAUUGGCGGUUCGGACAGUGAUCUAUGUUCCACAAUGAGGUGGCGUGACCCAAACCUCUCCGAAGUUAUAAGCUUUCUCAGUAAUCCUAAUAAUGCUAUAAAAGCAAAUGCUGCCGCAUAUCUGCAGCAUUUAUGCUACAUGGAUGAUCCGAACAAGCAGCGGACAAGAACAUUGGGGGGAAUACCGCCACUAAUCCGAUUAUUAUCAUAUGAUGCUCCGGAAAUUCAUAAAAAUGCUUGUGGUGCAUUGCGCAAUCUGUCGUAUGGCAGGCAAAACGAUGAGAAUAAACGGGCAAUUAAGAAUGCCGGCGGAAUCGAAGCUUUGGUGCAUCUACUUUGCCGGUCUCAAGAAACUGAGGUCAAAGAAUUGGUAACUGGAGUCUUAUGGAAUAUGUCCUCAUGCGAAGACAUUAAACGGUCAAUUAUUGAUGAGGCGCUGGCUGCUAUAGUAUGUAAUGUAAUAAAACCCCAUUCGGGAUGGGAUCCUAUCUGUUGCGGCGAGACAUGUUUCUCCACUGUAUUCCGCAAUGCUUCUGGAGUUUUGAGAAAUGUCAGCUCAGCUGGCGAACAUGCGCGAGAAUGCCUUCGUAACUGCGAGAACUUGGUCGAGUCUCUACUUUACGUCGUUCGAUCAUCCAUUGAAAAGAAUAAUAUUGGAAAUAAAACAGUUGAGAAUUGCGUUUGCAUUCUGCGCAAUCUAUCGUAUCGAUGCCAAGAAGUUGAGGAUCCCAACUAUGAUAAGCAUCCAUUUAUUAUACAGGAAAGGACUGUUCCAUCCUCAUCGAAAGGUGAGAAUUUGGGCUGCUUUGGCACAAGUAAAAAGAAGAAGGAUUUGGCACUGAAUGAGUCGCAGCAAGACUAUAUAUUUUCAACGGAAUAUGCAAAGAAUACCCGAACAAACAAUAAAACCAACAAGGGAUAUGAACAGCUCUGGCAACCGGAAGUGGUGCAAUACUAUCUCUCAUUGCUGCAAAGCUGCUCCAAUCCCGAAACGCUUGAAGCCGCUGCCGGUGCAAUUCAAAAUUUGUCAGCUUGCUACUGGCAGCCGAGCAUUGAUAUUCGCGCAACGGUGCGCAAAGAGAAAGGCCUUCCGAUACUGGUCGAACUGUUGCGAAUGGAGGUCGAUCGUGUCGUUUGUGCCGUUGCCACAGCACUGCGCAAUCUUGCUAUUGACCAACGAAACAAAGAAUUGAUUGGAAAGUACGCCAUGCGCGAUUUAGUCCAAAAACUACCAUCUGGGAACGCUCAACAUGACCAAAAUACGUCAGACGACACCAUCACAGCAGUAUUGGCCACCAUCAAUGAAGUCAUCAAGAAGAAUCCAGAGUUUGCGCGUUCGCUCUUGGACGCCGGUGGUGUAGAUAGGCUAAUGAAUAUAACAAGACGCAAGGAACAAUAUACCACGUGCGUCAUCAAGUUUGCCAGUCAGGUUUUGUACACCAUGUGGCAGCACCAUGAGCUGCGUGAAGUAUAUAAAAAGAAUGGAUGGAAGGAACAGGAUUUCGUUAAUAAACACUUUGCAGCACAUAGCACCCCGCCAAGCUCACCAAAUAAUGCUAACAAUACUCUAAAUAGACCAAUGGCAUCUCAGGGACGAACGCGUUACGAGGAUCGAACAAUCCAACGUGCCCCGAACUCAUCUUAUCGAAAUAAAGAUGCACCACCUGGAGCUGUCAUGUCCAACAACGAUUCCGCAUUGUUGUCCGAAAUGGUUCGAAAACAAUUAUAAAGUGUAUAUUUGUUUGAAUUUUUUUUUGUUUAUUUUACUAGUUAUAUAUACACACUAUAUAACUCUUAAAAUAACUAAGAGGUGAAAAAUGAAUUGUUUUACUGGGGCUUUAUACUUUUCUCUAAGGUGGUAAAGUGAGAACGAAAGCAAAAUCUGUUUUGUUAAAAUUUGUCUUUUUUAAAUUUCUUUUUCUUUUUUUUUUUUUGUUUGGUAAAACUAAAAUUAAUAUACAUAUCAAUGCAAAGUAAAAGAACUAAACAAAUAUGUGGGAAAAGAAUUUAAUGAAAUUUAAGGAUUAAAGAUCCAAUCAUUUUCUUCAAUGAAAUGGGAUUACAAAUUUUAUAUAUAAAGGGAGUUUUUGCAAUGGGUGGCUAGGGUUACACUACGAAAGAGAGACAAAUUCUUAAGUAUAUUGGGGCUUCCCAGAUAUUCUUUUCAUUUAGUCGGCAACCAAAUAAAUGUAAAUUUCCAUAACUUUCAUAAUUAAAUUUCUCCCGAUUCCCUUAAUGAAAUGUAAGAACUGCUAUAGCCCACAUAUGUAAAUUCCUCAAAUCUCAUAACGAUUGGAUUGUUCGAGAUUGUUUGCUUUAUAAUAAGAUAACAGCAAUGAAGCUAUUCCACUUUUGAUUUGAUCACCAUUGAUUCUAAGGCCUUAUAUUAUAUCUGAAACAUAAAUGGGUUGCUUUAAAGUGUGUCUAUAUUAUUUUUUAAGUUUAACGAUUAUAUAUAUAGAAAUACAUAUAUAUUAUAAUUUAAUUUAAUUUUAAUCAUAACUUUUCGAAUAUAUCGAUGGAAAACUUUCUGGACGCCCUUAGAUUAAAUAUAAGACCCCAAAGAGCAAAUUUUAUGUUUCCUAAGUUAUUGUAUUUAAAUUGCAUUGUUUCUUUUAUUUCUUAUACUUACUAAGAUUAGUAUCGAAUAAAAUAAUUAUAAGGGGUGUAAUUCAUUUCACACCGACUGUAUGCAUUUGACUACAUAAUAAAAAAAAUUAGAUUAUUCGUGUAGAUUUAUGUAUGUAUAUAUUGUUACACAA